AUGGAUUCUACAAAUCUUCAUUCAGAGGACGAUGAUUCUGAUUCCUCUAGUUCAGCACGAAGUGCUCGACAACCUGAAGAGUCUGGACCUUUUGGUCGGAAUCGGAGCACCAGAGCUACCGGCUCACGAGCAUCAAGAACACGAACAGGAACCACACCGGUGCGACAGAAAGAGAGCUCAGCAGUGUCGGAUUUUGGGAAACUAUUUGCAAAGGAGCAAGAGCGAGAAGCCGAGCGGACUAAGAGUACACUCAACACCCCUUCCGCCGACACCAUAGAACCCGAACUUGUCCCUACCGAAUGUCUCCUGUAUGGCUAUGCAGGCAAAACCUCCGAAUGGAAAGUCCUCUCCAAAUUCGAAAAGAUUGUGUCGCCCGGCGUCAUAUGCGAAGACUAUUCCCGCGAAGACCCAAACCUCUUUCUCUCCUCCAACUCCCCUUUGGCAUUCUCCCGAUCAUCGAUCGUUGUGCGGAACAAUCUGAGUCGCGAAGCGAUAAAGAAGAGUAGGGUGUACAUGGGAGGCCAGCACUGGAUCAAGGUCACGUUUGACUCGUACCAAGCGGCUGAGCGAGCAAUACACUAUAGUCCAGUUGAGAUUGAUGGAUAUCUUGUUCAUUGUGAGAUGUGGAGUGGGAGAGGACCAGUUGCAGAUGCUGCGAUGCCUGUAGGACCAGAAGGUCAAGACAGCGCAAGCCUGAUCAGACCCGAUACCAGUCGAAAGGCUCGAACACUGAGUGCCAGCCGAUCCGCAAACAUGCACGCGGGCUCCCAGUCUGCACUGGCAGGUUUCGAACGUGCCUAUCAGACUCUUCCCAAAUCACAAACGUUACCGGACCUUCAAUUUCGGCAACCUGGAUCAUUUGACGACCUUUCUACAACCUCGACCACAGCAUCUUCAGCAACAGCCACAGCUUUCUCACCCCCCCCACAAUCACCAACAGGCAGUUCCAACUUACGGUCCCGUUCGGUGCCCUCACUCCCAGCCCGGAAAGUUGAAGACCUAACCCAGUCGGAGUACAUGACGCACAUCAAAGUGAAGAAAGCAGUUCUACGGCCGAUAUCAGAAGCCUUGCCACCACAACCGUCAUUUGGCGAACGGGUCCUUAGGAGCAUCCCGAUUGUCUCAUGGUUUGUGGGUGCAAAUAAAGGUACGGCAGGGAAUGCUGGAAUCAUCGGCGAAGGACCUCUGCUCAAGGAGGAUGGCUCUUGGGAUCCAGCCAAUGGUUGGUAUUGGUCCUUCUGGCAUAAUGUGGAUUACUUCCUCAAGACGGACUUUUGCGGGUUGAAGGACGGUUGA